CCCUUCCCGCGCACCUCACGGCGCCUCACGGCGCCCGGGCUCUCCGCGAGGCCGCUCCGGUCCGUCCGCCCGCUCCGGGAAUGCCGCCCGAGCCCGCGGCGCCUCCCGACAUCUCUGGAGGGCUCUGCUGGGCCGGGGUCGGCCUUGCAGCGGACACGGAGGGUCUGCCCCGGCCCCCGCCCGCUCUGAGGCCCUCGCCUGCCGCGGGCCCGAAGGUACCCGGUGCUGGAUCAGCUGUGUCUGCAGCCGGUGGCGCUGGCCCCGCUGCUUCCUGGAAGGUGGAAUUUGUGCCCUUUUUAACCUAGAAAGUAUUCCUAAGUCGCAGUCCUUACCAAGCACCUGCCAUCUGGGCUGCCGUCCCCAUCCCGGCUGCGGGUGGGUCACAUUUAGCACUUUAAUCUGCUUAUUGGCGCGCUCCAACCGUCAUCUGUUGUGGGCAUUCCUGAGGAGCUUGUGUAAGGCAACAGGACAAAAAUGCUUAACUUAAGGACUUGUGCAGCAAAACUGAGGCCGUUGACGGCCUCACAGACUGUAAAGACAAUUUCCCAACACAGACCGGCAGCACCCAGGACGUUCCAACAGCUCAGGUGCUACAGUGCACCCGUGGCUGCCGAGCCAUUUCUGAGUGGGACUAGUUCAAACUAUGUGGAGGAAAUGUAUUAUGCUUGGCUGGAAAAUCCCAAAAGUGUACAUAAGUCAUGGGACAUCUUUUUUCGCAACGCCAAUGCUGGAGCUGCUCCAGGCACUGCUUACCAAAGCCCCCCUCCGCUGACCAGCCUCUCCACCCUGUCCCAAGCCCAGUCCCUGGUUCAGGCACAGCCUAACGUGGAUAAACUGGUGGAGGACCAUCUUGCAGUGCAAUCUCUCAUCAGGGCAUAUCAGGUCAGGGGUCACCACAUUGCAAAGCUUGAUCCUCUCGGCAUUAGUUGUGUAAAUUUUGAUGAUGCGCCAGUAACUGUUUCUCCAAACGUCGACCUCGCAGUGUUCAAGGAGCGGCUGAGAGUGUUAACAGUAGGAGGCUUUUAUGGUCUGGAUGAAUCUGACCUCGACAAAGUUUUCCACUUGCCCACAACCACUUUCAUCGGUGGAAAGGAAUCGGCUCUUCCACUCCGGGAAAUCAUCCGUCGGCUGGAGAUGGCAUACUGCCAGCACAUUGGCGUGGAGUUCAUGUUCAUCAAUGACCUGGAGCAGUGCCAGUGGAUCCGGCAGAAGUUUGAGACCCCAGGCAUCAUGCAGUUCACCAGUGAAGAGAAGCGCACGCUGCUGGCCAGGCUGGUCCGCUCCACCAGGUUUGAGGAGUUCCUCCAUCGGAAAUGGUCUUCAGAGAAGCGUUUUGGUCUGGAGGGAUGCGAAGUGCUGAUCCCAGCCUUAAAGACCAUUAUUGAUAAGUCAAGUGAGAAGGGAGUGGAUUAUGUGAUCAUGGGAAUGCCCCACAGGGGACGCCUGAAUGUUCUUGCCAAUGUGAUCAGAAAAGAGCUGGAGCAGAUCUUCUGCCAGUUUGACUCCAAGCUGGAGGCUGCUGAUGAGGGCUCUGGUGACGUGAAGUACCACCUGGGAAUGUACCACCGGCGGAUUAACCGUGUCACUGACAGGAACAUCACCCUUUCCUUGGUGGCAAAUCCUUCUCAUUUGGAAGCAGCUGAUCCUGUUGUUCAAGGCAAGACUAAGGCAGAGCAGUUUUACUGUGGGGACACGGAGGGGAAGAAGGUGAUGUCCAUCCUCCUGCAUGGAGAUGCUGCAUUUGCAGGGCAGGGCAUUGUGUACGAGACAUUUCACCUGAGUGACCUUCCCUCCUACACCACCCAUGGCACUGUCCAUGUUGUGGUCAACAACCAGAUUGGCUUCACGACAGACCCGCGGAUGGCACGCUCCUCGCCGUACCCCACGGACGUGGCGCGCGUGGUCAACGCACCCAUCUUCCACGUCAACGCUGAUGACCCCGAGGCCGUGGUCUACGUCUGCAAUGUGGCAGCAGAAUGGCGAAGCACCUUCCACAAGGACGUGGUGGUGGAUUUGGUUUGUUACAGGCGCAACGGGCACAAUGAGAUGGAUGAACCUAUGUUCACGCAGCCCCUGAUGUACAAACAGAUCCGGAAACAGAAGCCAGUGUUGCAGAAAUAUGCAGAGCUGCUGAUUUCCCAGGGGGUGGUAAAUCAGCCGGAGUAUGAGGAGGAAAUUGCCAAGUACGAUAAGAUAUGUGAGGAGGCCCAUGCCAGAUCCAAGGAUGAGAAGAUCUUGCACAUCAAGCACUGGCUGGACUCACCUUGGCCAGGUUUCUUCACUUUGGAUGGGCAGCCCCGGAGCAUGACCUGCCCUUCCACUGGCCUCAAUGAAGAGGACCUGACACACAUUGGCCAAGUGGCCAGCUCUGUGCCAGUGGAGGAUUUCACUAUCCAUGGAGGUCUGAGCCGUAUUCUGAAAACCCGUGGGGAGAUGGUGAAGAACCGGACUGUGGACUGGGCCCUGGCAGAGUACAUGGCAUUUGGCUCCCUGCUCAAAGAGGGCAUCCACAUCCGCCUGAGUGGCCAGGACGUUGAGAGGGGGACAUUUAGCCAUCGCCACCAUGUCCUGCACGAUCAGAAUGUGGACAAGAGGACGUGUAUCCCCAUGAACCACCUCUGGCCCAACCAGGCUCCCUACACUGUCUGCAACAGCUCCCUGUCAGAGUACGGUGUCUUGGGAUUUGAGCUGGGCUUUGCCAUGGCCAGUCCCAAUGCCCUGGUGCUUUGGGAAGCCCAGUUUGGGGAUUUCCACAACACUGCUCAAUGCAUCAUCGACCAGUUCAUCUGUCCCGGGCAGGCCAAGUGGGUCAGGCAGAAUGGCAUUGUCCUGCUGCUCCCCCACGGCAUGGAGGGCAUGGGUCCCGAGCACUCCUCAGCCCGCCCAGAGCGAUUCCUGCAGAUGUGCAACGAUGAUCCCGAUGUGUUCCCUAAGCUGGAUGACUUUGAUGUGCGUCAGCUCUAUGAGUGCAACUGGAUCGUCGUGAACUGCUCCACUCCAGCCAACUUCUUCCACGUCCUGCGGCGCCAGAUCCUCCUGCCCUUCCGCAAACCGCUGAUAAUCUUCACUCCAAAGUCGCUGCUGCGCCACCCCGAAGCCCGCUCCAGCUUUGAUGACAUGCUGCCAGGCACCCACUUCCUCCGUGUCAUCCCCGACAGUGGCCCUGCAGCCCAGAACCCUGAGCAGGUGAAGCGGGUGCUGUUCUGCACCGGCAAGGUGUACUAUGACCUGACCCGCGAGCGCAAGGCCCGGCAGAUGGAGGCCGAUGUGGCCAUCACCAGGGUGGAGCAGCUCUCCCCGUUCCCCUUUGACCUCCUCCAGCGGGAAGCCCAGAAAUACCCAGCUGCCGAGCUGGUGUGGUGCCAGGAGGAGCACAAGAACCAGGGUUACUAUGACUAUGUCAAACCCCGCCUUCGCACCACCAUCAACCGUGCAAAGCCUGUCUGGUAUGCAGGGCGGGAGCCAGCAGCGGCCCCUGCCACUGGCAAUAAGAAAACCCACCUGACAGAGCUGCAGCGGCUCCUCGACACCGCCUUCAACCUCGAUGCCUUCAAGGACCUGGCCUGAGCGCCGGCGCGGCGCAGCAUGCUCCUCCGUCUGUCUGUCCGUCCGUCUCUCUGUCCUUUGGCGCCUCCCCCCCUCAACUACAGAUCUUGUCAACCCCACACUGGUGCCUCGAGUCCUU